AUUGCUGUUAAAACUAUAUCAAUGAUGCAUGAUUGUCAAAUUUUGUGAAAAAUUUUACACGCUUCAGACUGAAAGUUUUUCAGAUAGCAUUGAAAAGCAAUUAAAGUAGAUUUCUCUUAUAAAAAGUGUGACAAAACAGACGGAAAUAUUUAGACAACGUGGAGCUAGGUAAAGAAUUGUUUUUGUGUACAUAUUAUUACAUCAAAAGAGUGCAUAACAAGAGUGUCAUAAGCUGCCCGGCUCAAGGACGUAGGCACAGAGUGCAAAAUCGUUUAGAAAGGCGCUAUAUGAGCAUAUAUUUAUUGACGCUAAUUACAGUGUAAAGUUGCAAAAUGGAAGAAGACCUUAUAUUACAACAACCAGCGGAUCGUCGUCUGGGUACUGGAAAUACAUUACCACCGGGACCGCCAGGUGCAGAAAGCGAUGGCGGUGCAGAAUACGAAAAUUUCACCAUAGAUACCAAUAAAACCAAAAUGGAAAAGGACUCUAGUAGAAUCUCAGCAAGUCGGUCUAGUCGUCGUCGUUCGCCCUCUGGUAGUCCGCCACGCUCUAGACGUAAGUCCCCUUCACGCGGCCGUCGAUCGCCCUCUUUAGACAGCGGUAGCCGUCGUCGACGACGUUCUCCUUCCCCACCUCCUCGCCGUAAUCGAUUUCGUGACUACUCGCCAGACCGCCGACGUUUCGAUGGAGGUGGUGGGCGCAAUAUGCGUCGCUCACCCGACAGACGACGUGGGGGUGGGGGACGUGGUUUUCGUUUUCGAGGUCGCAGUAAUAGCCGAUCGCGCAGCCGUAGCAUAUCACCACGCCGUGGUGGUGGUAAUCGUUGGUCCCCUAAAAAGAAGCCUAGUUCACCGCUUCCCAUUAAUGCGCCGCCACCACCACAAGUCUCGCAACCGCAAACGCAAUAUGGUGCUAUUCCACCACAACUGUAUCCAAGUGAUACCUAUGCCCAAACGGCAUACAACCAAUAUUCUGUGCCGCCGCCACAGCCAGCAGCAAGUUUUCCGCCACAGCAAAGAACAGAUUCUUAUGGUAUGCAGGCACCAGCACCACCUGUCUUUAAUGCAGCUUAUCCGCCGCCACCAGUUUGGGGGUCUAAUGAUGCUUAUAAUGCACAACAGCCUUGGAUGCCAACUCCAGAUCCCAAUCAGCUACAGCAAAUCACUCAACAACCGCCUCCAGCGGCACCACCAAUAUCUAUACCACCGCCACAAAUUGUGCCGCAACAAACUGUAAAUGAAGCCGCACCCAUUUCUACUGAAUCAAGUUCAAAACAUGAUGCAGCUGUUGCACAAGAAGCAGAGAAUCAGCGUGACGAAUUGAAGCGCCAACGCAGCAGUUAUCUAAAGAAAACAUCGCUACUACGUAAGGAAUUAAAAAUGUUAAAGGAACAACGAAAAGAUUUGCACAGUGGUGGUGGGGCACCACCUUCACCCACUACAAAGGGCUUCAUCGAUGAAAACGAAAAGCUACAGAAUCAAAUACAAAAGAAACUCAACACGAUCGAAAAUGUCAUUGACAUGCUAACUGGUAUUAUUGGUGAGGAAAAUUUGGAAAGAGACGAGGAAUGUUACGAGAGCGAUAAGAGUGUAAAGGACGAUUUUAAUAAAAAACAUGCUAAGGAACAAAAACAGCUGCAACAGCAGCAAAAUGUCGGUGGUAAUAGUGAACGCAGUCGCAAGAAGAAGCGUAAAAAUUCGACAACUUCAUCUGGCAGCUCGUCGAGUAGUUCCAGCAGCAGUACGAGUUCCUCGUCCAGUUCAACGUCAACGGAGAACGAAGAGGAAGAUGAUGAUGAUAGCUCACCAGAACGUUUGAAGAACAAAGCUAUAGAGUCGAUGAAGGCCAAAGCGAAGGAAGGUUUAAAACGCGACCAGGUCGGCGCCGCCAAAGCAAAAGAUGAAAAAUUCCUUGAUGAGAAAAAACGUUUCAAUUACGUGUUUUAUGAUCCCGAAAUGCAUUGGUGCCAAACGUGUGAUGUAUUUCCGAAAACCGCAAAAGAUUACCUAAAUCACUUACACUCCAAAGAGCAUAUGGAUCGGGAAAGCAUUGAAACGCCUUGGCACAUCGAUAUGGUGACUGAUCAAUUUCCAACCUUUGAGAAUGUCCCAACAAAACGUACACCUAUACGCGGUCUCACAUUCUUCAUACCAGCCUCAGCUUGGUUUUGUAAAUUGUGCAACAAUUGGAUGGGUGAUUUGCAUUGCGCCUCAACUCAUUUAAAAUCUCAAUUACAUGCUAGUAAAUACAACGCAUUUUUGGAGAAAAAUCCACACUACGAAGUUAAUUGGUUGGCCGAUCGUCAACGUGUUCUGAAUGAACGCAAAGUCGUGCCACUCCCGCCACAAAUCACAGCCGUUACAACUACAGCUGCUGAGAGUGUUACAACUAAAAAAUCCAAAAAGGAAGAGAAAGUCAAGAAACGAAAGAAGAAGAGUUCGGACAAAAAGGAUAAGAAGAAAAAACACAAGCGUUCCAAGAAACGUAAGAAGAAUGCUGCCACAACAUCGACUUCUAGUGAUUCUUCGUCUUCGGAGAGCGAAAAGGCUAGCAAAUCUAAAGUCAAAUCGUCGCCCAUAAUCAUUCAAAGCUUGGAUAAUCCCAAUCCUGCCGUUUCGAUACGUGUGGCAAUGCGCAAACAAGACUUAACAAAAGCUGACGAGGAUACACCACCACCGCCGCCACGUAUGCGUCUCGAAGCCGGCGCUCCUCACCCUGCACCGCCAUCUAACAUCGAUUUGAGCGGUAAUGCCGUCAGUGCAGUGGCGAUUGCUGCUGGUGGCGCUAAUGCUACCGCCGCUUUGUUGGCCAAUCAAGGUCGUUUAAGUAAAUGGACUGAGGCGCAAGAUAGUAGCGCUAAGGCUGCAGCCACAGCACAUCACACAGCUGUUGCGGAGUCGGAUAACAAACAUGAUGAUGCCAUUUUGCAGCAAUGGAACACCGUGCAACCGGUCAUAAGCGAGAGUGAAAAGAAAUUGUUGGAGCAGUUGAAGGGAAAGCUAAAGAAUAAACCGCGUGAGGAAUCAACAACACCGGCCGGUGCUUCGAUACGUCAUAAUGACGUUCCGGCAGAUCGACGUGUACGUGACCGUGACCGUGACCGCGAUCGUGAUCGUGAUCGUGAUCGCAGUGACAGAGAUCGAAAUGAUCGCAACGAGCGCGAUCGCAAACGGCGUUCGCGAAGUCCCGUCUUUGGUGGCGGACGUGGUGGUGGUGGUCGGGGACGUUUGCGGCGCACACGUAGUCGUUCGCGCAGUCGCGGACGCAUUAGUUCGCCAAUGGGUCGUAGAAGGCGCACACGUUCACGCUCACGUGGACGAAGAAGUCGCUCUUUCGAUCGUCGGCGCCGCUACAGUCGUUCACGUUCUCGUUCGCGCACGCGUUCUGGAAGUCGCAGUCGUAUUGAAAAGCCGGUUGUGCGACAUGCCGAAUUUAGGCCGCGUGUGCCUGAAAAGGACAAGGAUAGAGAAAAGCGUUCCACUACAGAAUCGAAAGAUAAAAAGAGUACCGACAAGAAAACCAAAACAAGCAACACAGCUCCGGUCGCAGCUGCAGUCACUGGCAAGAAAUUACCGUUCAUUGGUAAAAUGCCAGUUUUCAAGAAGCAGACUGCUGGCCAAGGUGAAGGCAGCGGCAGUGGUGCUGAGAACACCAUAACCUACACAAGCGACAAUAGUCAACAAACCAACUCUGCUCAUUUUGCGCCGCAACGUCCGCCUGCACCCACCGCAGCACAAAUCCAAAUGGCUAUGAUGGAAGAUGUAUACGGCAAUGCACCGCCAUUCCAUCCCGAUGCUGGCAUGAUGAUGGACUAUGAGGAGUUAAUGCCAGAUCCAAUACAGUUUGUAAAUUUGAUGGGUCAGGCGCCGCCACCGCCACCACCACCAGCGGUAGUUGGAGUGACAGAUGCGGCAGAUGACACCAACCCUCCUGGUGUUACUGAAGACAUACUACCACCGGGUAUUGAUGUGGCCGAGAGCGAAGACUGUGUGCCACGCCCCAUUUCCGAUGGACCUUUGCCACGUAAAGGGCCAUUACCAAAAGAUCUCGAAGAGGCGCUCAACAUAAUAUUCCCAGGUGAAAAGAAGCCAGAAGAUGAGGAAGCAGAGGCUGCGAAAAAGGCAAAAUCAACAGGCGAAACACAAAUAAUUACCGAUGAGCCCGUAAUGCAGCCAGAGGAUCUGGUCAAGGAAGGUAUACAUAUGGUUACCAUCGAAGAAACCUCUCUGGUUGGCAUGGAUGAAGCUUCACAAAUGAGCAUGAACGAACCGUUGGUGUUUAAUAAGCCCACAAAUUCUUUGCAACCUGAAGCAGUCACAGCAAACUUAAGCAUUAAAACCACAUCGAUUUCACUAGCAGAUAGUUCAUCGCAAGAUGCUACUGACAUUGAUUUGGCCGCAGUACAGCCCCCACCACCGCCACCACAAACUGAUGCAAGUACGGCCCAACAAGUAGUAAAGACUGCAAGCGUUGAGAAGCCGGAAGCAGCGGAGGUGGUCAACGGUGAGGACAACACACCUAUCUUCAAUUCCACUACUGUUAAACUAGCUGAGGAGCCAACAAGCGAUGCAAACGAUUCCACAGAAGAAACAAGCUUUGCGCCCGCACCCGCACCCAGUGAUAUACCCAUGCCCGAUGCAACGCUUGCGAAUAAAGCAUCAAUGGACGAUGUUGCUAAUAUCGUGUACGACUUAGAUGAUAUUCCACAGCCGCCGCCAUCGCCGACGGAGAGCGAGAAGAUGCGUAGACAGGAGGAGUUGAAUGAUUUGGCAAUGUUGGGUAUUGAUGCCGACGAUAUGGCUGCACAGUGCUUUUGAUCACAUUGGACUACAUAAAUCAAUUAUUCCGUUCUCUUCUUAUUUUCAAAAAACACAUUAAAAUAUUUCAUUCAAUAUCAACAACAGUGUAAUAAUUCUGUGCUUAGUUUGAUACAGUUUAGCGUGUAAUAAUGAUGUAAAGCCGAGGGCAAGAGGAAGGAAAAGGUUAUAUUUGAAUAUAUUUAUAGUCUAUCUCUUGGUAUGCUCUGCGGCAUUGAAGUAAGAUAUGCAAAUAAUAUUUAAAAUAAAGACAUAAUACAUAACAUA